CAAACUGAAGAGGAAGUCAAGUGAAAAGGAGCAUAUUGAAACCUGUCUCUGAAACCUUGCUGAACAUUUUGUAAAGACUUGCUUUAAGAUUAUUAAGAACCCAAUACCCCCCCCCCCCAAAAAAAAAAAUUACCGGAGAGGAUAUUUCUUCUUUUGACAGGGUUUCCAAGGGGUUGACUAAUGGUGAAUAUUCUCGGAUGCAAAAAGAUACAAGCAGAAGUCAAUAGCACCACAACACAGCUAGAGGAGCAUACACAUUUUCAAUAGGCCGUCUGACAGCUCUAUGGGCGAAGAGGCCCCACUUAUUAUGGAGUGCCGCUCCCCCUCUGACCAUGAAAUAGAUGUACAAUCUGAUGUGUGUAACAACCACUGCAUCCAAUCAGAUGAUUCACCGUGUUCCGAAGCCCAUCUCUCAGUAGCCCAUCUGUCAUUGGAGGGUGGGAGUGAACUGCCUAAGGUGGUGCUGAGUACCAAAAGUCCAGCUGCACUAAAGCUAGGUACACGGCAGCUCAUCCCUAAGGGCCUUGCAGUGGCAAGCCGGCCUAAGAACCGCCAUCACACAACAGUAGUCACCUUUCCUGUAGGACUUGAAACACCUAGCCCAUCCACACGGAGUCGUCACUCAGUUUUGGGACCUGAAGUGUCCUGGGAUGACUAUGACAGUGAGGGGGACGAGUUCUCUCUGUGGAGGACCCGGAGGAACAAGUCCUACAAAGCGGCAGUGACCUGCUUAGACAUAGAUGCCAUGACCGGAGGUCCUGGGAGUGCCGCCACACUCCAGCCCAUGAAGGACAAUAGGACCCCCAGCUCCAAAACAGUUUUUUCUCCUGGAAGAAAGGUAUGUAGAACCCUGGGUAGGAAGAGGAACCAGAAACACGGGGGAUCCUUCAAAGAUGAUCCACGGCUUUACCAGGAAAUCAAGGAGCGAGGAUUACACUCCACCAAUCAGAAUGCAGAAGAAGAGAUGGUGGAUGACUUUGUGAUGCUGGAGCCUCCUGUGGACCAGGGCAUUGUGGUGAAGAGCUACAGGCCUGCCCAGGUCACAUGGAGCCAGCUACCUCAGAUUAAAGACACAGGCAUUCUUCAGAUGAUCUCAGCUGAGGAACGGAAGCGGCAAGAGGCCAUCUUUGAGAUCAUCACAUCGGAGUACUCGUACCUACACAGUCUCAGUAUCCUGGUGCGCCACUUCAAGAACAGUGAUGCACUGAGGCGCACACUAACCACCACAGAGCACCACCACCUCUUCUCCAACAUUGCAGUCAUUAACAAUGUCAGCAAAGGGUUUUUUGAGGACCUUGAGAGGCGUCACCAUGCCAACCCAGUGAUCCAGGACAUCAGCGACAUUGUGCAGAACCAUUCCACCCACCACUUUGAACCGUACAUUGUGUACUGCUCCAACGAAACCUUCCAACAGAGGACGCUACAGAAGUUGUUGGCUAGUAACACUGCCUUCAAGGAGGUUCUGAAGCAGAUUGAAGGGAACAGUGAAUGUGGAGGCUUGCCUAUGAUCUCCUUCCUGAUCCUGCCAAUGCAGAGAGUAACACGUCUACCACUAUUACUUGAUACCAUCUGUCAGAAGACCCCAGACAAAACCGCAGAGUACUUUGCUGCAGUGUGGGCCCUGAAAGCCAUCAGCAAGUUGGUGAGUAGCUGCAAUGACGGAGCCCGGAGGAUGGAAAGGACAGAGCAGAUGUACACUAUCCAAAAGCACAUGGAUUUCGGCAAGAUCAAGCCCUUCCCUCUAGUGUCGUCAUCCCGAUGGCUGCAGAAGCGUGGGGAGUUGGCAGUCUGCACAGAGGAGCUCAGCAUCUUCUGGAAGACCUUCAGUCAUAAAAGCUAUUACCUGUUUCUCUUUAACGAUGUCCUCAUCGUCACCAGGAAGAAGAGUGAAGAGAGCUAUGUGGUGAUGGACUACGCCACUCUGGAGAAUGUGGAAGUGAAGGAGGAGGCAGAGGAACGGAUGUCUCCACCCAACAAGGGAGCCUCCAGCCUCGGACUGUCCCUUCGGCUGCAGAUGACAAGAAACAGUGAGGGCAGACUAGAGCACAUUGCCCUAGUGGCUGAAUCCAGAGUGGACCGAGCACGCUGGGUCAGUGCUCUACGGGAGCUCAAGCAAACAGGGAACAGCACAAAUAAAGACGACCUACCUCAAUUUGAGGCCACCAAAGCAUACAUGCCUAAGCAGCCAGAUGAGCUGGGACUACAGCAAGCUGAGGUGGUGAUAGUCUUGCAGAGAGAGGAGGAUUGGUGCCACGGGGAGAGGAUGAGGGAUGGAGUGAGAGGUUGGUUUCCUGCUGGCUGUGCCACAGAGAUUACAAACCGUGCUGCAAUGGAAAACAAUGUUCAGAGGAUGAAACGCCUACGAAAAGAAACCAAUGUCUGAGUAUCAUUGACAGAGCAACAACAAAUUGGCCAUUCCCAUCUUAUCAGUUAUCUUUCUGAUAGUGUGCACAAAACAUUGAUAGUGUGAUUGGUAAUUGUGCAGCUGUGUCCAUAGUAGUGUUUAAUAUUGUGCAGAUGUAUAAAAUGUCAAAGAUUUCUAUGCCAUAGCCAGUAAUAAAGUAUUUCAUGUCACAAGCCAGUCCAUAUCCAAUCUUGAAACCAUGUUGUAGAUCCAAUGCUGGCAGUAUAACCACAAUGACAAAUGGUGAAAUUAAGUCUUGUAAAAUGUAUUUCUUUUUCAGUGACCUAUCCAUUUGUAUUUUUAACAUGAACAUUUCAAAAUUACACCAGUUCAAGCUUCAUAAUGAAUGCUAUGGAUUAACUUUAUCCAGAAAGAAUAACAUACAAAAAGACCAUUCUCCGUUGACUUUUAUUUGAGCUUGCAUUUUGUUAAAAUGUUUGAAUACAUAAAAAGUUAUUUAAAAAUGUCAAACUGACCAGAUAUCAAAUUACUUUUUUUUAUUUUUUAUAAACAAUUUGGUGUAAAAACUCAGGA